GCGUUUCGAAACGUCGCACGUUUACUAAAAAUACAAGUGAAAAUUUUCAGUAAUUCAACGCAAUAAAAAUAUCAUUGCGAACGGUUUUUUAUUUUCAGCUGUGGUUGCUUUUUAUUAUCGUAUGUCCAUCCAGAAUUUAAAUACAUUUGACCCAUUUGCUGAUGCAAUUAAGGGUGCUGACGAUGAUGUUCAGGACGGUCUUGUACACAUAAGAAUUCAGCAGAGAAAUGGUCGAAAGACACUAACAACUGUGCAAGGAUUAUCAUCAGAAUAUGAUUUAAAGAAAAUUGUGCGGUCAUGUAAAAAGGAAUUUGCCUGCAAUGGCACAGUAAUCGAACAUCCCGAAUACGGAGAGGUAUUACAGCUUCAGGGCGACCAACGUGAAAAUAUCUGCCAAUGGUUGACCAAGGCAGGUCUAGCGAAACCUGAUCAGUUGAAAGUUCACGGCUUUUAAAUUAAGAAACAAAGAACAAUAUUUUGAAUUAAUCUACCAAGUCAGCAAACAAUCAACAGAAAGUCAAAGAAGCAACAAAUUAGAGGAAUUAUCAAUUCAUAGACCAUCAGAAACAAUGAGAACUACAACAGUGGGCUAUAAUAACAAUUACAACUGUUUUAAAUGAAAUUAAAUCGAAAAUGAUCGUAUUGUUCUUUAGCAACAAGAAACUUAGCACACUAUGAAAACAAUAAUAAUUUACAUACAAUAGUUAUCCACAACAAUGUUAAUCCUAACGACCCGUUUCUCUUAUUUCACUGCUAAUACAUCAUAGAUUCGACAAAAUUCACUCUACUUCCGAGUAUCAUAAUUACAUUUUCAACGAAGUCUGUUUUUUAGUUGAUUGAAAUUAUUAUUAAUAAAAAAUGUUAAAAUCAGUGUAUAACAGCAGACCUAAUGAAUGUAGUCAAAGUAAUGCUAAUAGUUUAAUAUUAAUAUGGGAACCCGUUUGGCGAGGGGAGAAACGAAUUCUCUUAUAUCUACGCUAAUGCACUCAUUACAAAACUAAGGAAGAAGACUAUUAUUAUUAAAUUUGCAAUUAUAUAAAUUAAUAUGAACAAAUGAAUAAAUAAUUUAAAACAA